AUGUCUCCAGAGACUGCCGUCAUGACGAGCAACAGCUCCGUCCAGGCAUCCCCUGAACACAGGGGACGAGAGCUUGUAGACGACCAGUUCUCUACAGGUUCUUUUCAACUACCAGAGUCGGUUCUGUCAAGGAAAACCAGUGACAACUCACUGGGCCAGACCCUGGUGGGCAGUCCAAGUGCCAUGUCAGAGGCCGUGAGCAAGGGUAACAACAUCAUCCGCCGCCUCUCCAACCGAGCUACUGCCAGGUUCUCUCGGCGCAGGACGUCCUCAGCGGCGCCCAACAGCCGUGAUGGCAGUGUCGGUCCUGGCAUGCUCCGGCGUAGAAGCGACAGCAACAACACGGCCCCACCCGACCUUGCCACGUACAGCGACUCGGACGAUGAAUUCGUUGAUGAGAUGGACGAUCUCCGGUCUCUGAUCGGCGGCCUCGACGGGGCUCUCAGAGAAUCCUCCUCAAAUAGCACAACAGCCUCACUCGCCGGCUCCACCUCCCCUUCAAACACCACUGCCGGCCCUGUCAUCCCAUUCCAGCUGCUCAAGGGCACCUGGAUCAGGAAGGUAUCCAAGAAGAACUGGAAGAAGCGCUUCGUCCUCGUUUUCGAUCAAGAAGCGGCCAAGAUUUCAUGGGACAAGAACAGGCCCCACAAGUGCCUAUACAUUGACGACAUCAAGGAGAUCAGGACCGGCUCCGACAUUCGUCAGUACCGCAUUGACUACGGCGUUCCGGAAUCUGAGGAGAGCCGGUGGUUCUCCAUCAUGUACGCCGUGCCCGACAAGUCCAAGACCAAGAUGAUGCAUCUUGUUGCCGACGACGACAGCACCUUUUACAACUGGGUCACCACACUUGAGGCCAUUUCCAAGCACCGACAAGACAUGAUGGCCUCGCUUAUGGCGUUUAAUGACCGUGCGAUCCGCGAUUACUGGGUAACCGAGAUGAACAAGCAGUGCCUCGGCGGCGAAAAGCACCCGAAUCCUAUUGAAGAAGGCGACAUUGACUUUGACGGGGUUCAGCGGGUCUGCCGGAAUCUCCACAUCCAUGCCUCGCCCAGUCAGCUGCGUGCCAAAUUCCAUGCGGCUGAUGUCACCAACACGGGUCGUCUGAACUUUUACGAGUUCCAGACUUUUGUGGGUUACAUGAAACGUCGUGACGACAUUCGCCAGAUCUACAACCAGAUCGCGGCUUCUCCAGACCUUGGCCUUACCCUCAAGGAGUUUCUCGGCUUCCUGCGCGAAGUCCAGCGCGAGAACAUCGAUGGUGACCUUGCCGCCUGGGAAGCAUUGUACGCCAAGUUUUCGCGCAAGUUCCGUACCAAGGAUGCCGAGAAGCUUGACGCUUCCCUCGUCGAUGGCCUCCGAAUGGGCGACGCCGCCUUUGCCGCCUUCCUGACCUCCACCUACAACCUGCCCGUUUACAAGGAACCCAAGGAGUAUACCCUGGACCGACCUUUGAACGAGUAUUUUAUCUCUAGCUCUCACAACACUUACCUGCUCGGCCGACAGGUUGCCGGUCUGUCCAGCGUCGAGGGUUACAUCUCAGCCCUUGCCCGCGGCUGCCGCUGUGUCGAAGUUGACUGCUGGGAUGGCGCCGAUGGCCAGCCUACUGUCAACCAUGGCAGAACUCUCACGACCUCGAUCAGCUUCCAGGAAACCAUGACGACCAUCAAUAAGUACGCCUUCGUCAAAACCCGCUACCCCCUUUGGAUCUCCCUGGAGGUGCACUGCUCCCCGCCGCAGCAGGCCGAGAUGGCCCGCAUCAUCAAGGAGACUUUCGGUUCCCGACUUGUCACCGAGCCCCUCGACCCCUCUUCCGACAAACUUCCGACCCCCGAGCAGCUCAAGGAGCGUGUCCUCAUCAAGGUUAAGCGCCCUCAGCCAAAGGAGGAACCCAAGCCGGCGGAGACCACUGGUCGUCGACGAGGCAAUAGCCUUACCUCGCCGUACCCGAAGCCUGUGCAGCUCGACAACAGCGUCAUCCCCUCGCAAUCUCUUCCUCAGAGCCCGAUCCUCAGCCCGAGCCUCUCCACUCGACGAUUGGUCAGCAAGAGCCGUGUUAACACCAUUACAGAGGGUGAGGUCCAGGACGCGUUGAGCAGUAGCACCAGCGACAACGACAGCGCCGGCGAGCGUGUGCCUGCGAAGAGGUCUUCGAACAAGACGGUCAAGGUGCUUGGAGAUUUGGGUGUCUACUGUGCAGGACUCAAGUUUGGUGGAUUCGACACUGCUGAUGCGAAGGCCUACAACCACAUCUUCUCCUUCAUGGAAUCGAGUUUCUUCAGAAACAGCCGUCUCAAGGAGGACAGGGUAGCCAUGGACCGACACAACAUGCGCUACAUGAUGCGUGUCUACCCCGAUCGCACCAGAAUCACCUCGAACAACUUCAACCCGAUCAGCUACUGGCGCAAGGGUGUGCAAAUGGCGGCUCUCAAUUGGCAGACAUUCGACCUCGGCAUGCAAAUCAACCAGGCCAUGUACGAAAGCGGCACCGACAGAUCCGGAUAUGUGCUGAAGCCUACUGAGCUCCGAGAGAUCAAGAGGUUGCCUGAGGAAUGGUCUGGCAAGCGAGAGCGCAAGGAGGUGACUUUCAGCAUCGACGUGAUCUCGGCGCAGCAACUCAUGCGACCCAACGGCAUGCCGGCCAACAAGCCCGUUGACCCGUACGUCGAGGUUGAGGUAUUCCACCCCAACGACAAGAGGGACAAGAUGGAGGUGGACCCCACCAUGGCGUCGGUCUCGGAUUCGCCUCUCAAGUACAGAACCCAGAUCAUUCAGGAGAACGGCUUCAACCCCAUUUUUGACGGCAAGUUCACGUUCAAGGUCACGACCAAGUUCCCCGAGCUCAUCUUCGUACGUCUGUCGGUCAAGCUCUCCCACAACGGCGAGAGCUACAAUGACCGGCCUCCAAUUGCGACGCACACCGCCAAGCUCAGUGGCCUUAAGCGUGGCUACCGCACCUUGCCGCUGUUUGAUCAUAAUGGCGAGCAGUACCUCUUCUCCACACUAUUCACCCGUGUCAGCGUCGACUCUGUCCAGACGGUUCUCUUUGAGAACCCCGAAGAUAACGCGGACAACACUAGCACUAACAGCAAGCCGCGAGGCAUCGGACGCGUCUCCAAUAUCUUUGGGACUCGCUCCAACAACAUCAGCCCCAAGUCCAGCAUGGACAAAUCGAGCUACGACGGCUCCUUGGGCUAA